UUAUAAAAUUGUAAGAAACCAAACGGUAGAACAGCUUCUCAAACGGUGCUUGAGAGGAUGGAGAAGACCACUGAAGAAAGGCGCUAUUAAAAUGUAUGUGAUAGAGAGCAAAGGUGGAGCAAUCACUUGUAUGCUCUUGGCUCUGCUCUUCUUAGGGACAUGGCCAGCUAUCAUGACUCUAACCGAAAGACGCGGUCGACUUCCUCAACACACUUACCUUGACUUCACACUCACAAACCUGUUAGCUGCGAUUAUCAUAGCGUUUACACUAGGCGAAAUAAGUCCAAGCAGACCAAAUUUCAUCACACAACUUUCUCAAGAUAAUUGGCAGUCUGUGAUGUUUGCAAUGGCUGGAGGAAUUUCUCUUAGCCUUGGAACCUUAGCAACACAAUAUGCUUGGGCGUUUGUUGGUUUAUCAGUCACUGAAGUCAUCACAGCUAGUAUCACUGUUGUUAUAGGAACAACUUUGAACUAUUUCUUGGAUGAUAGAAUCAACAGAGCUGAGAUCAUUUUCCCAGGCAUCGCUUGUUUCUUAAUCGCUGUCUGUUUCGGGUCAGCCGUUCAUAAAUCAAAUGCAGCUGAUAAUAAAUCCAAACUCCAAGAUUUCAAAAGUUUAGAGACUACUUCUUCCUUCCAAACAGACACAAAUCCUGAAACCAACGGUUUAGCAAAAAAAGGGACUGCAGCUUUUCUUAUAGAGCUUGAGAAACAAAGAGCCAUCAAGGUUUUUGGUAAAAGCACAAUAAUUGGACUGGUGUUAACAUUCUUUGCUGGCGUAUGUAUCUCUUUAAUCUCACCAGCAGUUAGUUUAGCGACAAAUGAUCAGUGGCACACUUUGAAAAAUGGGGUUCCAAAACUUAAUGUUUACACAGCCUAUUUCUACUUCUCAGUUUCUGCAUUUGUGAUUGCUCUGAUACUUAACAUCAGAUUUCUAUAUUGGCCUAUACUUGGUCUCCCAAGAUCUUCUUUCAAGGCUUACUUAAAUGACUGGAACGGUCGAGGCUUGUCUUUCUUGGCUGGAUUUCUCUGUGGAUUUGGUGAUGGUCUUCAGUUUAUGGGCGGUCAAGCCGCUGGCUAUGCUGCUGCAGGCGCUGUUCAGGCACUUCCACUUGUGAGCACUUUUUGGGGGAUAAUGCUGUUUGGAGAAUACAGGAGAUCAUCAAUAAAAACAUAUAUACUUCUUAUAUGUAUGCUUUUUAUGUUCAUAGUGGCAGUCGCGGUUCUGAUGGCCUCAUCGGGGCAUAGAAAAUGAGUUGAAAAGGUUAUUUACAGCGAUGCUAUCAAUAUCUUUGGCACUAAAAGGAAGAGUGAGCAACUUAUCUAAUGGCUGCAACAUGUUAAAUAUCUUUGGCCGGACUCUGAUCGUCCUGCAAAUUGCGGUUUCUUCAAUCUUGCCACAAGUAAGAUCACAUGGCCUAAGAAGUUCGGUGUUUACAUGGUAUGCCUUCCUUCUAUGUGUUUUUGCUUUGACAUUUGGCUUUAAACUUUCUGCUUUUCUUUCUCUUAUGUUAAACAAAAGACAAUAAAGUUUCUCUGUUGUAUUACAAAAUACAAUUCGUAAAGCUUUUAUCA